AUGGUGAAAGUUACAGUUUGCGGCGCCGCUGGUGGAAUUGGCCAGCCCUUGUCGCUUUUGCUCAAGCUCAAUCCGCAGGUGUCGGAAUUGUCGCUUUUUGACGUUGUCAAUGUGCCCGGUGUUGGCGCUGACUUGAGCCACAUCAACUCCGGUGCCGUCACCAAGUCCUUUUUGCCCUCGUCCAAAGAGGACACCACCGCAUUGGCCGGAGCGCUCAAAGGCUCCGACUUGGUGGUGAUUCCAGCUGGUGUGCCUAGAAAGCCAGGCAUGACCCGUGAUGACUUGUUCAACAUCAAUGCAUCCAUCGUGCAAAGCUUGGCCAAAGGCAUUGCUGAAAACGCUCCACAUGCAUUUGUGUUGGUGAUUUCCAACCCUGUCAACUCUACCGUGCCUAUUGUCGCUGAAACAUUGAAAAAAUACAACGUGUUCAACCCUUCGAAGUUGUUUGGUGUCACCACCUUGGACAUUGUGCGUGCCAACACAUUUAUUUCUCAAUUGUUCCCUAGCGACACCAAACCUACAGACUUUGAGGUGCCUGUCGUCGGUGGCCACUCGGGCGAAACCAUUGUGCCAUUGUACUCUCUCGGUGCCAAGUCUUACUACGACAAGUUGUCUGACGAACAAAAGAAGGAGUUGGUGCACAGAGUCCAGUUUGGUGGAGACGAAGUUGUCCAGGCAAAGAAUGGCGCUGGUUCUGCCACUUUGUCCAUGGCCUACGCCGGCUACCGCUUGGCCGAGUCCUUGUUGAAGGCAUUGAGCGGUUCUCUGGUGACUGAAUGCACUUUCUUGUAUUUGGACUCUUCCAUCAAGGGCGCAGACGAGGCCAAGAAGUUGGUCAAAGGUCUUGAUUUCUUCUCGUUGCCAUCCACUUUGGGCAAGGGCGGUAUCUCUUCCGUGGACUACACAGUGUUGGAAAAGGCCAACUCCGAGGAAAAGAAGUUGUUGGAGGUUGCCAUUGAGCAAUUGAAGGGAAACAUUGCAAAGGGUGUUUCUUUCGGAAAGUAG